CCGCCCUGCGGCCGCAGCAAGAUCUUCUCUGCGGUGCCGCGAGACGAGAGCUUCCUCCUCCGCGAAAUCCUCCAAUACCUCUCCAUCCCUUUCCCGCGAGGCCGAAAAUUUUCAAAAAUCCUCGGAAACCCUAGCGCCCCGCGUCGCCGCCGCCGCGGAGUCGGAGCUCCCCCGCCUUUACCCGCCGCCGGCCAUGGAGGCGGUGGUCGUCGACGCGGGGUCGAAGCUGCUGAAGGCGGGCAUCGCGCUGCCCGACCAGGCGCCCGGGCUGGUGAUGCCCUCGAAGAUGAAGACGGAGGCGGAGGAGAGCGAGCAGGCCGACGGCGCGGCGGCGGCGGCGGUGGUGGAGGAGGUGGUGCAGCCGGUGGUGCGCGGCUUCGUCAAGGACUGGGACGCCAUGGAGGACCUGCUCAGCUACGUCCUCUACAGGAACAUUGGGUGGGAGAUGGGGGACGAGGGCCAGAUCCUCUUCACCGAGCCGCUCUUCACGCCCAAGGCUCUCCGGGAGCAAUUAGUGCAACUUAUGUUCGAAAAAUUCAACGUAUCAGGAUUUUAUGAUUCUGAACAGGCUGUCCUGUCCCUUUAUGCUGUUGGCCGCAUUUCGGGUUGUACGGUUGACAUUGGACAUGGGAAAAUAGAUAUUGCUCCAGUUUGUGAAGGUGCUGUUCAACACGUAGCAUCGAAGAGAUUUGAGAUUGGAGGAACUGACUUGACAAACCUAUUUGCGCAAGAGCUAAAGAAGUCCAACCCAUCAGUAAACAUUGAUAUCUCUGAUGUUGAGAGGCUGAAAGAGCAGUAUGCAUGCUGCACAGAAGAUCAGUUAGCCUUUGAAGCUAUAGCGAGCACAUGCCAGCCAGAAACUCACACUCUUCCAGAUGGACAGGUUAUAACAAUUGAAAAAGAGCGCUAUAUAGUUGGUGAAGCUUUGUUUCAACCAAGUAUCUUGGGCUUAGAAGAUUAUGGUAUUGUCCACCAGCUAAUUACUAGUGUUUCAAACGUCGCAUCGGAGUACCAAAAGCAACUGCUUGAGAACACUAUGUUAUGUGGUGGCACUGCAUCUAUGACUGGUUUCGAGGACAGGUUUCAGAGAGAAGCAAAUCUGUCUGCUUCAGCGAUCCGCCCUACUCUUGUGAAGGCGCCGGAGUACAUGCCGGAGGACCUGGCGCGGCACUCGGCGUGGCUGGGCGGCGCGAUCCUGGCCAAGGUGGUCUUCCCCCAGAACCAGCACGUCACCAAGGGCGACUACGACGAGACCGGCCCGUCCAUCGUCCACAAGAAGUGCUUCUGACCGAGAACGAACCGCAGGCGCGUACGUACGCUCGGACCAGCAAAGCUCUACUGCGUGUAGGGGCCGGCGGCACUGGCACUGGUGUGGUGUGGUGUCCUUCCUCGUCUUAUGCUGCGCGUCUCUGAGAGAGAGAGAGAGGGGCUAUUCAUGGCCUCUGGCUAUGGUUUAGACGUGUCGUUGCUACCUAGCUUACCUAGCUAUCCAUUCGCAGAUUGAGUAGGAUCUAAGAUUGGCGUCUAUUUUUUACUAGUAGGGGUGUGCUAGCUAGGAGCUAGCCCAUUGUACGUGUGUCGCACCGUUGGAAAAUAGUUAGCUCGCGAUGUGCACCGCAA